AUGUUAGAAUUUGCGGUAGGUGAUCACGUAUUUCUUCGUGUUUCACCCAUAAAAGGAGUUAAGAGAUUUGGGUUAAAAGGGAAGUUAGCACCCAGAUUUAUCGGACCUUUCCAGAUUCUUGAGUGGAUUGGUGCUGUUGCAUAUCGACUUGCGUUACCCCCAGCUUUAGCAGGAGUACAUAAUGUCUUUCAUGUUUCUAUGCUGCGGAAAUAUGUUCCGGAUCCGACACAUGUCUUGAAGGAUCUUAUAGUUCCCCUACAGUCUGAUGCGACAUACGAAGAAUUCCCUGUUCGUAUUCUAGAUCGCAAGGAACAUCGGUUGAGGAACAAAUGCCUCCGUCUCGUAAAGGUUGGUUGGCAGCACCACUCUGAUCAAGAAGCAACUUGGGAGCGUGAGGAGGAUAUACGUAUCGGAUAUCCUCAUUUAUUUACCUCAGGUAUCAAUGUGCCUUAA